AUGAUUAAAUACUGGAUUUUCGGUGUAUUGCUUGGAUUACUAACGCUUAGUGCUGCCGACUGGAAUUUCUUCAAAUGUUUUGAAACGGAAAAAAGGUGUCCCAACGAAAAUGUUACAUUUUGGCUGUAUACCAGAGAGACCCAAGACAACCCAACCCAGCUGAGCAUGUUCCAACCGGAAGCGAUAAAGCAAGCCCCCUUCGUUCUGGACCGCCCGCUGAUUGUCCUAAUUCACGGCUACACAGGUCACCGCGAUUACGCACCGAACACCUCAAUCCGACCGGCCUACCUGGCGAACGAUGAGUUCAACAUCAUAUCACUGGACUACAAUCCACUGGUGCUCGAACCGUGCUACUAUCAAGGUGUGCGGAACCUUCCAACGGUGGCAAACUGUACCGCGCAGCUGUUGGAUUACAUGAUCGGCGAAGGGAUGUUUACGCUAGAUGACAUUCACGUGGUGGGAUUCAGCCUGGGAGGUCAGACGUCCGGCAUGAUCGCCAAUUACAUCAAAUCAGGGAAGUUGAAACGCAUAACCGGCUUGGAUCCGGCCAAACCACUCUUCAUCACCGCGCCCAACGAGUACAAGCUGGAUCAGUCAGAUGCGGAAUUUGUGCAGGUGAUUCACACGGACGUGUUUGCGAGGGGAAUUUUGCAUCCCAGCGGGCACACGGAUUUCUACGUGAACGGAGGAGUGGAACAGCCGGGCUGCCAUGCACAGUCUAUUAUGACCACCGGAGAGUGCAACCACAAUCGAGCGCCGCAGUAUUACGCGGAAUCGAUCGCCACGGAAGUCGGAUUCUACGGGUAUAGGUGCGCCCAUUGGUACCUCUAUAUGCUGGGUCUGUGCAACGCCAACGAUGAAACCAUGAUUGCCCUAAUGGGAGCACACACGCCAGCCACAACGCGUGGCCUGUACUUCCUGAAUGCCAACAUGAAUCCACCGUACGCUCAGGGCAAAAACUUUUCCCUUAGAGAUGAAUUUCCCAUGCCAGGGUAAGACGUAGAGCAC